GUUCUGGAGGAAGUUUGUUUACAAGCUCUUCUCGAAUGACCUAAUCGUUGUGGCUUCCCCCUUAUCGCUAUUGUGAUACGUGAUCCGCGGACACCUCAGGGUGGUGAUGUCUCUGUGAUAAUAGAAAGAUAAUAAUAAUCACCGCCAAGAUAUGUUGCAAUUCCCACCCUUUGUGCUUGUGGGCGCCGUGGCGAUCACGUUUUUCAUUGCCAUCAGUGUCUUGAUCCUCCUCUCACGGUAUUUGGCGGACGAAGCGGAGCAGGACGACACGAAAAGGCUAUGGAACGACAUUGUAGAUUGCUUGACUGUACCCAUGGAUGAUCCGGAUACGCCGGGCGUGCGUAUCGUCGUGGAGCCUCCGUCUCCUGAGAUAACUCGAAGCUUCUCAUGGGAGCAUUCUUAUAACCACGGCUCGUUCUACGCGUCCAUCGGCGAGAGAAGUACCCUGGGAGCGGUUCUCAACAACUUCACGCCCGACUUCCCGGUGUAUUGAUCUCAUGCAGAUCCUGCUCAGAAAUCGAAAAUCUGGUUCCCGCUUGCAUCGCAAUCGUAACAACGGAUGAUUAAUUCGAGAUUGAAUCGAGAAACCGAGACAGCGACGGAGGCCAAAACGGGAACUCCGUCGGCUCCGCCGUAACCUCCAGUAAUUGUGUCCGCUCAAGCGACCGAGGUUUGCCCUCACCUGAUGCAUCUUAACUUCCCCAAGACGAGACUGGUCUGGUAUCUCGGAGAGAAAGUAAGGAUAUCACGAAUAUUUCGAUCCGGAUCGGUCUGGGCCGUUUCAUUAUCGAGAACGAAUACUUUUAUGUUUAUUGAAUCAUUUCGGCCAUUGGUCCAAAUUCUUCGUACCGUCGGAAACUCUCCGAGUGUUCACGAGAAACGGAUUUUCAAACUGAGGAAAUUUUGAUAAGAUACAUUCUAUAGAAUAAUUCAUGCUGGCGAAUUUCGACCGAUCAUAUUAGUCGAUAAUAUAUGAAGACCAACGCCAGGGCAGACGUGACGGUCUGACAGACAUGACUGGAUUGAUUCGAUGAACAAGGCUUGA